AUGUCUUCAACGAAAGCAGAGAAGCCACGGCGCAGCACGCGUAGACCGGGGCCAAAAGCGCAAAAUGACUCACCGGAGAACGACGAAAGCCUGGAGAAACGGCGGCAGCGGAACCGCAAAGCCCAGCGCUUGUUUCGGCUGCGGCGUCAAGCUGCCCAUGCAAACUAUGAGAAGAACCUGAUCCAUAUGGAGGGUGCCCUUGAGCAGAUGGCUUCCACGUUUCUCGAUUUCACCAACGGAAUCCUUCAGUCGCCACUCAUCAGUCGCGAUCCGGCCCUCAUUUCAAAGCUCCGGACGGCAACCGAUAGCAUUCUGUUUCUGUGCCAGGGUACUAACAAUGAGCUGGAAGACAACUCUGAUAACAGCCAAACCACCAUUAAAGCUGCUGAUCCUAGCUCCAGCACUGAUGAGGCUGCUUUCCAGCAAGACUUCAACGGAAACGGGCAGCUUCCCCAGACAACAGUCCUCGACAACAUGUUUCUUGAUUUCAAUACCUUCAAUCAACCACCGCCUAUACAGCAACCCAGUAGUAAUGCAUCAACAGUUCGAAACAACCAGUUGGCCGGAUUGCGUUCGCCGCAGAUUAGGAACAUAUUCGGCAACGGCUUCAUGAACAUGCCGCCCAUUGACUUUGCCGAUUGUGCCCAAACCGAUACCAUGCUGAAGAUGUAUCCGGCCGAUGAUUCCCUCAGCAUGAUUGUGACUAGAGCUUCAUUACAACAUGCUUAUGAUGCCAUACUGAGCGAUACGAUGGCUACUACCCCGACGGUAGAUAGAAUAUUCGGAUUCCCUUUGAAAUUCCGCUCACGGGAAGAAAUUCUCAUGGUAUUACGUUGGUACCUGAGACCCCAAUCACCAGAGGUUGUUCGAUUAGCCACGGCCGAGUUUGACGACUACUUGGUGGCCCAGUACUAUCAUGGGAUCGUCACGUCGCAGUAUAGAGCCGUCGAGGGAGUGUUUCGUGGAGACAUUGUAGCUCCUCCAGAGAAGGGUUCUCCUCCACCCCCCCAGAGUCGAAUUCUGAAUGCCUAUCAGAUCGAGCAGUGGCUGUUAGCUUGCGGCCUGAAAUACAUCGAUGUUGAUACAAUUGAGCUCACAGACCUUAAGCCAACUGGCCUGAUGCUGAGCACUAAACCGCCCGACGACCCGGAUGUCCUCCUGGCAACCCUUCGGACUUUACAACAACAGGAAUCUAUUUUGGACGGCCAGAUGGCAAAUGGAUAUAAUGACGCCUCUGAAUCAUUUUCCAAAAAUAUCCGCCUGUCUCGAACGCGAUUAAUACAUGUCCUGACGGGAAUAUCUUUUUGUAUAGACAAGGGACCGGCGUAUUGCGAGCAGGCUCUUUUGGAGGCAGUGGUUACAGCAAUGAUAUCCGACAGCUAG